GGUACAUCGAUAGUUAAUGUGGAAUAAUAAUUGUGUGUUUGUGGGCAGCACGAAAGGUUUUUGACGUUUGGGUGUUUACGGUUUGUUUCGAUUGCAUUUUCAUACAGUAGCUGUGGCAUUGGUCGUAUUUCUAUUAGGACUACAAAACAGACGAAAAUGUCGCAUAACGUGAAAGUGUGUGACAUAGAGGACGACGUAAAAGAGGCGCUGAAAGCAUUUCGUUUUCGUAAGAGCGAUAAAAAUGCCGCGUUGAUAUUAAAAGUCGAUCGAGAAAAGCAGAAAAUAUGCAUUGAUGAACAAUUAGAGGAUGUAAGUCCUGAUGACCUCAGAGAACUCCUCCCAAGCCAUCAGCCAAGGUUUGUUGUUUAUAGUUACCGAAUGGAACAUAAAGAUGGAAGAGUCUCAUUUCCCAUGUGUUUCAUCUACAUCACACCAAGAGAUAGCCAAAUGGAGUUGCAGAUAAUGUAUGCUGGCACGAAAUUGGCUCUGCAAAAGGAAGCUGACCUGACUCGCGUUUAUGAGGUCCGCGAGCUUGAUGAAUUAACAGAGGAGUGGCUGCAGGAAAAGCUCAGCAAGUGAAAG